AUGCCCCCCAUUGCCCUGGACUCCGAUCGACUUGAUCGACUCGAUCGACCAGAUCAAAAUCUAUCCACCCUCCUCAAAGUCAUCCGCAGCAAACAGGCUUUCGCCAGCGGCGCCGUCUCGCUGGUCUCGCUGCCGGCGGGUUCCCUCUUCGCACGCAUCACAGGCACCACGCCAGCUAAGAAAGCCUACACCUCCGUACAAACCAGCCGCGACCGACACAUCGAGCUGAAUUCGGACCUGGUGUUCUGCAACCAUUCAUGCGCGCCAACGCUGAACUUCGACAUGCAUAAGAUGGAGGUGCGCGUGGUGGACGACCGGGCCUUGAACGCGGGAGAUCCGUUGACCUUCUUCUAUCCCAGCAGCGAGUGGGAAAUGGAUCAGGCGUUUAACUGUUUCUGUGGGGCGAGUUGUUGCAAAGGGAAGAUCCAGGGGGCAAAGUAUAUGACGAGAGAGGAGUUGAGGGGGUAUUGGUUAAACCCGCAUAUUGAGGAGAUGGUGAAGGAGAGGAAUGGUAAUUGA